UAUUUCUCUUGAUAAUUUUUUUUUGUGUUUCAUCAGCUCAAAUCAUUUGAUUUGAUCAUCAUCGUCAUCAUCAAUAUUGAACACGAUUGGAUUUGGAGCAGCACACAAGCUUGAAUAUAAUAAUAAUGGUAAUCAAAACAAUGGGUCCCUUGGGCGAUGUUGUUAUAUUGGCCGGCAAUACACAUCCAGAUUUAGCUGAUGAAAUUUGUCAACGAUUAGAUAUACGACGUAUGGAAGUGAAUCUUUAUCAUGCUGGAAAUCGUGAAACAAUGCUACAGAUAACAUCAUCUGUACGUUUUAAAGAUUGUUACAUCAUACAAACGGCAACCGAUACAAAUUGUAAUGAUGCUAUUAUGGAAUUAUUAUUGAUGGGCUAUACAUGUCAUACAUCGGCAUCAAAACAUUUGGUCGGUGUUUUACCAUAUUUACCAUAUGGUAAACAGGCACGUCAACGUAAACGUGGUGCAAUACCGGCAAGACUUUUGGCCAAAAUGAUUGGACGUGCCGGUUUUCGUCAUAUUAUUACAGUGGAUUUACAACAUAAAGAGAUUCAAGGAUUUUUCGAUAUACCUGUGGAAAAUUUACGUGCAUCACCAUUUUUAAUUCAACAUAUCCAAGAAACAUUGUUCACACAGCAGAUUAAUCGUUCUGAUGUUGUAAUUAUUGCUGAACAUACAUCUGCAGUACGUAAAGCAACAGCAUAUGCUGAAAGAUUGAAAGUAGAUUUGGCCAUUCUUCAUGGUACUGAUGAUAAAUUAGGCGACACAGAUGAAGUGGAUGGCCGUUCAUCACCACCACCAGUAAAAGAAAUUGAAUUUGUUCCCGGUGGUGAUACAUUACCAGUGCUGACAUCAUUUCGUCGUCGUCCACUUAAAUUGGUUGGUGAUGUUAGUGGAAAAUUGGCCAUAAUGAUUGAAAAUAUAAUCGAUGAUGUUGAACAUCCAAUACGUGCAGCUAAUUUUUUGAAAAAUGAAGAAGGCGCACGACAAGUACAUUUGGUCGGUACACAUGCCCUAUUAUCGCCAGAAGCGGCAAAAAAAUUGAAUGAAUCAGUGAUCGAUGAAAUUGUUGUUACAAAUACAAUUCCACAUGAAAUUCAAUCAAUGGAAUGUCCAAAAAUGAAAACAAUUGAUAUUUCAAUUUUGUUGACCGAAGCAAUUCGUCGUAUGCAUAAUAAUGAAUCAUUAUCAUAUCUAUUCACUGAUGUUAGUGUUGAAGAUUAAACUUUAGUCGAUCCAAGUAGCAUCAACAAACAA